AUGCCUAUCUCCAAGGUUCACGCUCGUUCCAUCUACGACUCGCGUGGUAACCCCACCGUCGAGGUCGACAUUGUCACCGAGACCGGCCUCCACCGCGCCAUUGUUCCCUCCGGUGCCUCUACUGGCCAGCACGAGGCCCAUGAGCUCCGUGACGGUGACAAGGCCAAGUGGCUCGGAAAGGGUGUCACCAAGGCUGUCGCCAACGUCAACGAGAAGAUCGGACCUGCUAUCAUCAAGGAGAACCUUGAUGUUAAGGACCAGUCCAAGGUUGACGAGUUCCUGAACAAACUCGACGGCUCGACCAACAAGCAGAACCUUGGUGCCAACGCUGUCCUCGGUGUCAGCUUGGCCGUUGCCAAGGCUGGUGCUGCUGAGAAGGGUGUCCCUCUCUACGCUCACAUCUCCGACCUUGCCGGUACCAAGAAGCCCUAUGUUCUCCCCGUCCCCUUCCAGAACGUCCUGAACGGUGGUUCCCACGCUGGUGGCCGUCUCGCCUUCCAGGAGUUCAUGAUUGUCCCUGCUGCUGCUCCCUCGUUCUCUGAGGCCCUCCGCCAGGGUGCUGAGGUCUACCACAAACUCAAGUCUCUCGCCAAGAAGAAGUACGGCCAGUCUGCUGGUAACGUUGGUGACGAGGGUGGUGUUGCCCCCGACAUUCAGACUGCCGAGGAGGCUCUCGACCUGAUCACCGACGCCAUUGAGCAGGCCGGCUACACCGGUCAGGUCAAGAUUGCUCUUGAUGUCGCCUCCAGCGAGUUCUACAAGACCGACGCCAAGAAGUACGACUUGGAUUUCAAGAACCCUGAGAGCGACCCCACCAAGUGGCUCACCUACGAGCAACUUGCCGACCUCUACAAGUCGCUUGCUAGCAAAUACCCAAUUGUCAGCAUUGAGGACCCCUUCGCUGAGGAUGACUGGGAGGCCUGGAGCUACUUCUACAAGACCUCCGACUUCCAGAUUGUUGGUGACGACCUGACUGUCACCAAUCCCCUCCGUAUCAAGAAGGCCAUUGAACUCAAGUCUUGCAACGCCCUUCUCCUCAAGGUCAACCAGAUCGGUUCUCUCACCGAGUCGAUCCAGGCCGCCAAGGACUCCUACACCGACGGCUGGGGUGUCAUGGUUUCCCACCGUUCCGGUGAGACUGAAGAUGUUACCAUCGCCGACAUUUCUGUCGGUCUCCGCUCUGGCCAGAUCAAGACCGGUGCUCCCUGCCGCUCUGAGCGUCUUGCCAAGCUCAACCAGAUCCUCCGUAUCGAGGAGGAGCUUGGUUCCAACGCCGUCUACGCCGGCGAGAAGUUCCGCACCGCCGUUAACCUAUAA